AAGGGAGAGGAUAUAUACUUUAAAAGGUUUUUAAAGGUGACCCACAUAUUUGAAUGACCAUGUAUCUCCAUAUAAGAUGGAUGACAGAAAACCAAAGAAUGACGAAAACCUGUGAAGACGUUUGACAAAUAAACUCUGAGUAUGACAUGUUAUUUUAAUUCAGAAUCCAGCCAAUGAGGUCCCUGGGUAAAGCCAAUGUUUUGAGCUCAACUACUAACAUAAAGGUUGGUGGUUUGAUUGUACUUUUUAGUGUGAUGGAGGAAAGACCUGGUGAUCUGCUUACAUAAAGAUUAAGGCCAUGAAAACUCUGUGGAGCAGUUCUAUUCUUUAACACAUGGAGUUGCCAUGAGUUGGAAUGAACUUGAUGGCGAUUUUUUUUUUAACAUGUGUUCUUAUCCUGUAUAUGUUGUUUUAUAAAUAUACCAAAACAAGGGAAUUCAUAGCACUGGACUUGGGUAAAUAAAGUACAUUUGACUGCUCCUUAAAAAGAACAACCAGCUUCCUUUGAGGAAAUUCUGACCCAUGGUGACACUCUGCAUGUCAGAGUAGAACUAUGCUCCAUUGGGUUUUCAAUGACUGAUUUUUCAGAAGUAGAUCACCAGGCCUUACUUCUGAGGUGCCUCUGGGCAGACUCCUUUUGCCUAGCAGCCCAGUGUGUUAACUGUUUGCACACCCUGGAACGGAAAGUACUUCUUAUUGUCCUUUAAUUGAAAUGAUUUUUUCUUAAAAAAGGGGUAUUUCUUGUUGCAUACGUUUCUCUCAUGGAGGGGGUGAUAUUUCGCGCUUUGUAUGAGCUCAUUAUCAUAAAAUGUCCUUGCCAUUUUAACAUUCUUUAGCCUAGCAUCUCUAAAGUGGUUGGUACAUAAGAAGGUGAAUAAGACAGACAAUAAGGGAAGGGCUUUGAGAAAUACAGUGGCUGGGUUUGCUGUAACUGAGUAAUAUUGCUGAAAAGUACUGGGGUAUUAGGUUCUUAAGCGUGAACACGUGAGUUUGCGGGCUUGUGAGUUUCUUAAAUUCAAAAUACAGACAUGAUACUGGGUGGCUCUUUACCUGUUUCCUUUUAACAAUCCUCUUCUCUUUUUCCAAAACUGUUGCAAGUACAUGGAGCCACAGAAUCUAACAGGUGUCUCAGAAUUCCUCCUCCUGGGCCUCUCAGAGGAUCCAGAACUGCAGCCCCUCCUCUUUGGGCUGUUCCUGUCCAUGUACCUGAUCACUGUGACUGGGAACCUACUCAUCAUCCUGGCUGUCACCUCUGACUCCCAUCUCCACACCCCCAUGUACUUCUUCCUCUCCAACCUGUCCUUGGCUGACAUCGUUUUCAUUUCCAGCACAGUCCCAAAGAUGCUAGUGAACAUCCAGGCACAGAGCAAAACCAUCACCUAUGGCGGCUGCCUGACACAAAUGUCCUUUUUUUAUGUCUUUGCAUGUCUGGACGAUCUGCUCCUCACAGUGAUGGCUUAUGACCGGUUUGUGGCCAUCUGUCGCCCCCUGCACUACAUAGUCAUCAUGAACCCUCGCCUCUGUGGCUUGCUACUUUUGGUAUCUUUUUUCAUCAGCCUUUUGGACUCCCAGCUGCACAUUUCAAUGGUGUCACAACUUACCUUCUGCACAGAUGUGAAAAUCCCUCAUUUUUUCUGCGACCCUACUCAACUCUUUAGCCUUGCAUGUUCUGACACCUCCAUCUAUAUCAUAUUAUUGUAUUGUAUUGGUGCCAUCUUUGGUUGUGUUCCAUUCUCAGGGAUCCUUUUCUCUUACACUCGAAAUGUUUCCUCCAUUCUGAGAGUCUCCUCUUCUGGUAGGAAGUAUAAAGCCUUUUCCAGCUGUGGCUCUCACCUGUCAGUUGUUUGUUUAUUUUAUGGAACAGGCAUUGGAGUGUACCUCAGUUCAGCUGUCUCAUCUUCUCCCAGGAAGUGUGCUGUGUCCUCAGUGAUGUACAGUGUGGUCACCCCCAUGCUGAAUCCCUUCAUCUACAGCCUGAGGAACAGAGAUAUCAAGAGGGCCCUGCGGAGGCUCCUCAGCAGAACAGCCUGA